AUGCGGAUCUCGAUACGCCUUGCGGGCGUGCUCGCCCUUGCCGCGCCGGUAGUCCUCGCGCAAGAAGUUCAGGACGAUGACAAUACGUCGACGAAUCAGCCGAGUGCCACUCAGGCAACCAACGAAGAAACACAGACAAGCGACUCUGCGCAAACAACCGAUGCACCUAAGACGACCGAUGCGCCUUCAACGACGGAGGGAGACUCGUCCACAGAAGAAACGCAGUCAUCGAGCGAAGCACCAAAGACCACCGAAGCCGAAUCCUCCGCCUCCGGCAACUUCGUCUCUACGCUGCCCGUCACUACCAGCACAACUGCCGCACCCACACAAACACAGGACAGUGCUGGAAACUUUUUGUCGCUUCUUCCCUCGCAGGCCGGUGUUGGUAUACCCGACGUAGGGGUUCCGGACACUGCUGGGGCAGCUUUCAUGCAGAAGUCGGAUCUGCCUGACGGGACGGUCUUCAUAUGUGUCGGCGCUAUCUUGGCCUUUUUCGGAUUGGGCGUGCUCGUCUGGCGCGGUCUGGUUGCAUGGUCGCUGCACCGUUCUGUCAAGCGCGCUGCCCUGGCUCAGAACCUCGCGGACCUCAAGGAUAUGUCAGCUGCACCCGGCGGCAGGAAACGGGGGAUGUACAAUGUGGUCGGUGCAAGCUCUACUAUGUCGCUCGAUCACCUCUCCGCUGCACCCACGGGAACUUCCAAGCCGCCCAAACCUUUCGCGUCCACCACGACCAGCACUCCCCCCAAGUCAAACUCCCUAUUCUUCUCUCCUACCGCUGGUGGCAGCACUGGUCUGCGCGAUUCUGUCGCGAACCGGUCGUCACAGUAUUUGCCAGCAGGAUACUAUUCUUCUGGUAACGCGCAGGCUGCGCAAGGCUCACCCAUGACCCACGUGGGCGGUGCCGGUGCCGGAUCGCAUUUGUCAACACACUCUUUAGCCAUGCCAGGAAACCGGUACAGUGCCCGUUCUGGUAUCUCUCCUCCACAGUCUCCUUCUCUUCCUCCAUCGCGGGGUUACGACCGUGCCCCGCCUUCUCGCGACGGCCUAUCCAUCUACAACAGGAACAGCGUCGCAACGCUUGGUUCUCCAACAGGAAGAGCAGGCGUAUACGGAAAUGACCAUGGAAGCGCAAGUCAAUUGUCCUUGAACGGUUUGAACGUACCAGGUGGAACAACUACCGGAGGCCGGGCACCGAGCGCCUAUCUGGAAGACCUGUUCGAGAACCACGGCAACGGACCCAGGGAACGGUUCUAG